AUGAUUUAAUUGGGCAUAAAUCAAACUCAUAUCAAAAGAUAAUCAUCAAUGAUGCUACAAGAAAAGUCUAAACCAACUCAAUCAUUGGAUGAGAUGCGAAAAAUAGAGUAAUCUAGAACUAUCGAUAAUUUAAAUACCAAUACUAUUAGAAGCAGCUUCCAACGUAAAAAUAAAUCGAGCGACGUAACUGAUGUCAUGAUUGAAACCUUUUCAUUUUAAUAACCCAAUCAUUGUCAAACUAAUAAAAACAGUGUAACACUUAUUCCUCAAUCGAAUAAUAUCUCAUUUGGGGAGGGGCAGAGAUCAGAGAACAUAAUAGCCUAACACUAAGCAAGUUCAGGAUUAAAUAGUAACUAAACAACCAUUAACAAUACACUUAAUAUAAAUCAAAAUAACUAAUAUGGUAAUAAUCUUAGUGUUUCAAAUAUUCAGAAUGGAAUACAUCUUUAGACAGGUGGAAUGGCUGAUUAUAGCAAGUAGAAGUCUCUUCAAAGAGGUUAAGAUGAUUCAGCUCCUUCAAAUGAUGGAGGGGAUAAUCAAAGCAGUGCAAAUCCAUUGUCUCAAAAGAACCCUGGGAUUUCGACUCCUAGUUCUCAGCAUUAACAAAACCUUAUUAAGCAAUAAAAAAUCAAUUAAGUUGAGUAGCUAAAUCAAUUGAUGAAGUAAUAGAUAUUUUUGGAUGCGAACUACGACGACUAAUCUAGAAAAGAACCCUUAUUAUUCUCUCAUUAUUACUCAAACAAAAACUCAAGAGAAUAAAGCAUAAUAAAGCAGGCUACUUAGAUAGUAAAAACUCAAAACAAGAAGAUAAAAAAUCUGAUGAUUCUUCCAAUGAAAAAUGCAACCAAGGCAGUUGUACCAAGAGUAUAACCAGAUUUUGACUAUUAUUUGGAUGAGCACAGUACCUUUCCAAUGGAUGAUUAGAGUAUUCUAGCAAUAUCAUCUGACAAUAUCAAUAGUAAAAAGCCAUAAAAGCAUCGAAAGAAUGUUUAAAUGUCAAAAUCAAUAGCAUCUUCGCUAAAAGCAACACCUAAUAAGUACUCAAACUAUUUAUCUAAUAGGAAUUCUUAACGUUACAUAACAGUAAUAACUAAUGAGGACUCAUAAGAAAUCUAGAACGCUAAUGAAAAUAAUGCUGAUUAAGUUAUACAUCUAGGAGAGUCAUAGUUUAUUACAAAAGAUAACUAAAGCAAGCAAACUGGAUUUUAUCUCACUCAGCUAGGUAGUUCUGACAUAUUAGUUAAUAGUAAUAAAAAUUCUGGACCAGGAAUUAUGUAAUACUAGGAAACGUCAAAUAAACUUAGAAUAAAAAGAGACCUUAAUUAAUCGAGACCUAUGACUAAAGAGGUUAGAUCUAAUAGCCGGGAGUAGAUAUAAAAAUAUGAUAGUGAGAUAAGACCGAUGACCGUAUUCUCACAGCAACGUUUGAAAAGAAGAACUGUUUUGCUUAACAAGAAAGGAGGUUACCUUAGUCAAAAUCAGUAUUAAAUAAACCUGCUUCGAAAUAGUUCAAAUUCUAAUAGUUAAAAAUAGUAGCAGCAUUUCUAGGAUACUUAAGAAAUGCAAACUGGCAUAAAAUCUAUAAAUCACCUAAGAUUGUCGAAAUAGAGAUUUCUUCAAAUGAUCAAUCCAAGUAAUUAAUCCUUUGAAAAUCAUGAAUAAUAUUAAUAAACAUAAGGAAAAUAAUUUUCAGUAUCAGAAUCAUAAAUCGUUAUAAAAGAUAUAUCAUUGAAAACUCCAUUUAAAUCUAAAAAAUAAAGCAUGAAUGAAUCAUCUGUUACAAAUCAUAAUUCUAUGGCUUAUUCAGGAUAAUAAACUGUUAUUAAACUACGAUAAGAUCUACUGUUGAGCAAACCAAAACAUAAAAAACUGAAUAAAGGAAUUUAAACUCAUAGGAAUUCUUCCCCGAAAAAGAAUCCUUAAGAAAAUUAAACAUCUUAAUUUUACAAUAAUAAAUCAAGGACUGCUAAUCAAUCAAAAAAAGUUUCAAAUCUGAUUGAUUCUGAAAUACCCAAGACUUAGCAUCAAAAUGGUCACUUAUCAAAUUUGGAAAUGCUAACAACAGAUUCCAAUAACAAUGGUACAUCUGAUUAGGAAAAUUUUAACAGAUAAACAUAAAUGCAAUUAAAAAAUUAUAAUCCUUACAUUAAAAUGAACGAGCCCAAUUUUGUUUAGCGGAAAAUUUACUAUAAAAAGUUAGGUUAAAAUAACUUGCUUGAUGCAUUAUUGAAGUAAUAUCAAUAAAUGCCAUUAGUGGAGAUAGAAUAUUAGGAUCAUCAUGCAUCACUUAGCUUUUAAAACGAUAAGAACAAUGAUGAAAGGUUAUAAAGUUAGGAAAGCCAAAAAUCUCCAAAAAGAAGAUCAGCUUUUUAAGCAAGGCAUCAAAGUGAAAGUCGUGCAAAGAGUAUUGGUGGAAAUAUUCAUAUAUCUUCCGCUCAUAAAAACUCAAUGAUCAAUGUCAAUCAAGAUAAGUAAGGAAGUAUAAAUCCUAAGAAACUGAGCUACAUGAAGAAUUAUGGCACUAAUUUUUUCUUGAGAGAUAAGUGUAAUACAAGCAGUAGUCUUAAUAAUUCAAAAUUACUUAAUAACAACAUGAUAUCUAGUGGUAAGAAACGUAAUAUUGCAAGGAAUGGAGAUUAGAUGAGAGUUCUUAUGAAUUAAUAUAAAUAAAAUAUUACCUAGCAGGCUACCUAAUGA